AAAAGUUAUUGUGAUGUGGUUUUUCACCUGGACUUACGGUGAAACAAAAUUUUGUAAAACUGUCAGGUCUGCUUAUUUUCUGCACAGUUAAUAUUGACAGUAAAAAAAAAAGUGGUUUAAAAAGCUGCAAGGAUAGCUAUAAAUGUGGCAGGAUUCUUUGUGGGCCAUUCAGCACUUUUAGCUAUUUUCACAAGGGUACAUUGAGGUUCAUGUCUAUUUGGAAAUCAAUUUGGAUUCUAAAAUGGAAUUUGAUUGUCAGGGCAACUGGCUAAGUAGUCUCCAGAAUUUAGAAGCUAUAUUCAACUAGUUUAGGUUGGUACUGUUAUGUUUUUCCCCUCUGAAUUCAAGGUAAAAAUUGAAUGUUGAAGAAUUUUGUUUUGAAUGCUGAAUCAAUUUGCAUAUACAAAGUUGAGUGCUCUUAUUGAGUGCUUAAUAUACUUUUGUGAAACAGUUGAAGAUAUUGAAUGACCCAUCAGUUAGCCCUCAGGUAACAAAAAGAAAAUCCAUCUUGUAUGUAUUCUUACUUGUUUUAUUGUAUAAUAAGCGCCUUUGACAGCAUUUUUCUAAUGAUCGUGUGAUUUAUGAUUUAAAAGGCCUGAACCAAAAUGGAUGUUAUUCCGUCUGAAGUAUAGCACCAUCACCUUGUUAGGUCACAGCAAAGUGAAUUCCAAUGUCGCUCUGACCCUCCUCCCUUGAUGAUGCAGUGUGUGUUUGGAGGUGAGUUGUGUAAAGUGACCAGACGAAAAUCCUCAUGCCAUUCAAUGAAGAGCACUCGGACAAAACUUUACACUGCUCAGAAGUAACAAGUGGAAAGCAAAACAGUAGCCAGAUUAGAUGAGGAAAAAUGUGCCAUUACAGAUAAAAAUUGUUUUUGUAAUCUGAAUAUUGGAUAUGGCUUAAUAGUGAAGCUUUAGGCGUAUUAAUGACCAAUGUCCAAAAACAAUUGUUGUUUUCUUGAAACUUUCAACUAAAACUCAAGAUGUUGGAAUAUUUUUGAAGGGCUCAUUGUUUUAUUAAAAGAAACUACUCAAAACUUCAACUCGCCACUGCAACCAAGGGAUAAUGAGACUGUCUUUCAUUUCGGGGGAAAAUGCUUAGAAGUUAUAUAGAAGGAAAGCCAUGUUUGAUGUUGAACUACAAGUGCUAUAUAUGGAAUUUGUAUAGCCCUGAGAAUCUAUUUUCACAUGACUGCAAUGUAUCCUCAACAUUUAAAUGUGUCUGAUCUAGUUUGUCCAAGUAGAAUUGUUCAGGUUUUUUUCCAUUUGAUGUACAACAAAAGAGCAUCUAUAUUGCUAGGCAGAAUGUUACGUGAAAGCAAGACGUUCAUCUUGAGGGAAAAGUAAAGUAAAAUUGUCCUUUUCAUUGUGCUUGAAGUGUACAUCUUAAAAGUGACCAACGAGUGGCAACAAUGGUGUCUGGAAAGUUUGUAGCCCACACCAUUCUGCGUGCAUCUUGCCCCCUUUUCUCAUCCCCACAUACCCACGCACCAUUACGGUAGGAUGAAAGUAGUUUGCAAGGAAGGAAAUAGUUUAGAGAUUAGUGUUAGUCUGUAAAGUUGAUAGUAGCUGUGUGUUUAACAUUACUUGCAACUCCAUUUUAGCCCUCUGAAACUUCUGGAAGGUUCAAAUAACCAUGGAUCAUAUUAAAAUAUUCUUUGACAACUUUCUAAAGUAUGCCAUAUACCAGCAUGCUGUUUACUAGUGUUUAGAUUUGGACAAGAGUAAUGCUGGAAUAUUUCUAUAAAAUAUCUAAUAUCUUUAAUCUGGGGUAGACUUGCAGGUCUGGCUUCCUUUGCAGCCAGUAUUUACCAAGUAGUUAGGUGGGUUUAGAUAUCUUUAUUGCAAAAACUACAGUCAAUUAAACAAUGCUAUCUAGGGUAGAUUAAAAUUCAUAGUUUGAAUCGCACGUAGAGUACCAUUAGUAGCCGUGUGCUAGAUAAUGGUUUAGGAUUGCGCUAGCUAAGAUUUUGGAUUACAAUCAGUGGAAUGCUAGUGUGUAUAUUUUCUAUAGUCCAUUAUAUUAGCACAUUGUAACUAGUUCAGGAAUUUGCAUGUUAAUAUAUAAUAUAACACUCAGAUCUGGAGAGGUAGGACAGCUCUUUCAUGGAGCAUGAAGGCAAGUUUUAUUUAAGCAGAUUAAGCCAAAGUUUAAUAUAAACUGUUCAUUUUUCUUUUAUGUGGCUGUUUACUCAUUAUUGCUUGUUCGUCUCUUACAAUUUAGAUAAAUGAUAUAACAUUAUACUCAAGGUGAUUGAGUUGCAGUAGGGAGUCGGAAGCAACCCAAGGGAACAUCUUUCUCUACAGGGGACUUGGAACUUUGGGUUCAGGAGUCGACCAGAAGAAAUUGAAGACCUCAGGACUCUAACCCAGAUGCAAAGCUGAUGCAGAUUAACUUGACCGGGUUCUUGAAUGGAAAGAAUGCAAGAAUGUUCAUGGGGGAGUUGUGGCCAUUGCUGUUGAGUGCACAAGAAAAUAUUGCAGGAAUCCCUUCUGCUUUUCUGGAACAAAAGAAAGAAGAAAUCAAACAGCGGCAGAUUGAACAGGAGAAGUUGGCUACCCUGAAGAAGCAAGAUGAAGAAAAGGAUAAAAAGGAUAAAGAAGACAAAGAAAACAGAGAAAAGAGGGACCGCUCCAGAAGUCCAAAGAGACGUAAGUCAAGAUCUCCAUCACCUAGGAGGCGAUCACCAGCAAGAAGGGAGAGAAAACGUUCUCCUUCUAGGUCUCCUCGUCGCAGGACUAGAAGUGGGAGUAGAAGUGCUUCGCCACUAACUACAGCCAAGAAGCCAGAGCAGCUAUCACCUGAGCCAGAUCUCUCACUUAAAGAAAGAAAAGAAUCUCCUGCACCGGAAGCAACUUCAACAAGUGAUAUUCUGAAGGAAAUCAAACCCUCAACACCAGAUGUUAAAGAGACUUUAUUAGAACAGCCUAUUAAAAAAGAGAAGGAAAGAAAAGAAAAAAAUCGCCAUCGCUCACGUUCACGGUCAAAAUCAAAGUCUCGGUCCCGUUCACGUUCUCAUUCACGGCCAAGGAGGCGCCCUCGGUCCCGGUCAAGGUCCUAUUCACCUCGAAGGCGGUCUAGUCCAAGGCGCAGGUCUCUGCCUCGAAGGAGGAGUCCACCAAGACGGUUGCCCCCACCUCCACCACCCAGACACAGAAGAAGUCGAUCACCUAUUAGAAGGCGUCGAUCUCCCUCAGUUUCUUCCUCGGGCAGUAGUUCCUCUUCCUCUUCCAGAUCAAGGUCACCUCCAAAGAAGACAAAACGUAUAUCACCCAGUCCUCCCCGCAAACCUCGACGAUCUUCCCCAUCUCCUGCUACUCCUCCCAGGAGACGACAUAGAUCACCUGUGACUGUGACAAGUCCAGCUCAUAAAGGGGCACGUUUGUCCUCUCCACAUGUGAAUCGUUCAAGGAAAGGUUAUACUUCUGUUUCUCCUGCUAGGCCAGCACCAAAACGGAAGGGUAGUGUGAAGCAUGAAUCUGUAUCUCCUCCUAAACCAAGAAGAUCAGAGCCUUCAGAUUCAGAAGAUGAUAAAGGCGGCAAGACUGCAGGAGUGGAAUCAGUGCAGCAGCGGCGCCAGUACCGCAAACAGAACCAGCAGACCACUUCUGAGUCUGGAUCUUCCUCCUCAUCUGAAGAUGAAGCACCAAAACGUUCAAAUGCAAAGAAUGGGGAAGUUCGAAGAAGACGCCAUCGUUCAUUGUCACGGAGUAUGUCUCCUUCCCCUGCAAUGCGAAAGAGGCACAAGGACUUUUCACCAAGGAUGCCGCUUGGAAAGAGGUGGCACUUCCCAGUGGCGAGAAGGAGGAGGAGAAGUCCAUCACCACCACCAAGACGCCGGCGUACUCCAACUCCCCCUAGAAGGCGUAGAUCACCAUCUCCACUAAGACGCAGAUCACCAUCACCACCCCCACGUAGACGUUCAGCCUCACCGAGGCGCUAUUCCCCUGCAAUUCAGAGGAGGUAUAGUCCUUCACCACCACCUAGGAGACGGGCUUCUCCAUCACCAGCACCAAAGCGUCGUAGUUCUCCCUCUCCCUCUUCUCGGCGCAGGAGAGGAUCACCACCAAGCAGGUCCAACAGAGAUGUUCGCUCACCACCACACAAACGGCAUUCACCAUCUCCACGGCCUAGGCCAAUGCGUGGAUCCAUUAGUCCUCCACCAGCACGAAGAGUAUCAAUCUCACCACCACCACCACAGCGACGUCAUAUGUCCCCAUCCCCCAGUAAUAGGCCUAUCCGGCGAGUUUCACGCACCCCAGAACCGAAGAAACCUAAAAAGAUUUCACCAAAUCUACAAGUUGUGCGGAGGGCUACAUCAUCCAGAUCCAUAUCUCGAUCCCCUGAGCCUGCUCCCAAGAAGCGGCCAAUGGCUUCAGUCUCCAGGUCACAGUCUGGUAGUAGAUCACCAACGCCUCUUCUUCCACCACCUCCAGUUAAAAAGCCAAAGAGUGCUUCUGUUAGUCCAUCUCCUCUCAAGAUUUCUGACCAAGAAACUGGAGGAAAGAAAAAGAAAAAGAAGAAGGACAAGAAACACAAAAAGGACAAGAAACACAAGAAACAUAAGAAGCAUAAGAAAGAAAAGGCUGCAGUCGCACCAGCAACAGUUGAAGAAGGAAAAGUUGAACCAGUUGAAGCUCCAGUAAAAUCACCUCAGCCAGAAGCUUCAGAACCCACAAAGGAAUCAGAAAGUGAGGAAGAAAACCUAGAUGAUUUAGAAAAGCAUCUCCGAGAGAAGGCUCUGCGGUCAAUGAGGAAAGCUCAAGCUUCACCACCAUCUUGAAAGAGUACUGAAGUAAACUAACUUAAGGAGACUGAAUGGAUUAGGCACAAGGGCUUUGUACAUUUUAAAAUUGGCUGCUAUAAUGACUCCAGUACAUUAAAGCAUCCGCCAUACCAUUCAUGAACACUGACACUGCCUCUUACCAAUACUAGAAUUAUAUUUCAUAAAGGUCAGUCAUAAUGAUUUUGUGUUUUAUCACAGAACAAAAUUCUUCAGCUUUGAUUUUUCACAGCUGUAUCUUUCUUUAAACGUAAUAUAAUUUGGAAAGUCUUUUGUCUCAAUUUGUUGGUGGUUUUGAUCCAAGAGCUGCAAGUUGCUGCACUUACAUGAGAUUUAUUCUUUAGCAUCUGGCACAGCUUUUUGAAGAAUAGUGUUUCCACUAUUAACAACAAAUCAUGGUUUCUGCCAACAGAACAUGGUCUUAGGAGCAGAGCCUUAGGGAAGUUUGUGGCUCAAGGUCUUCUAUCUCCUUUCUAAGUGGUCUGCUUAAGAUUAAUAAGUCCAUUAUGUGCAUUUGAUUUUAUAAAAUCACUUUUUAAAUAGAAUAAAUUCAGUAAAUUUAGGGUGAUUCAGCUAGAUUUAUGCUGAAUUGACUAAAUUUAUGUUUGCAGCUGAGCUCUGAAAGGGUUACAUUUUAAAAAUUACUUUGCAGUUCUUGUCAUGGCUAUCAUUAUGUAAUGGUAUUUUGUCACAUCGUUUAUGUAAGUGUACAAGUCCUUUGUGUUUAAUCCACUAAUAUGAUCUGUUGUGUAGUUUUUGCAGAGUUUGAGUUUUUCUUGAGCCGUUUGAUUGUCCACAAUAUUCUUUACAAAGAGCUUCACGUGAAAAUGUGCUGUAUCUAGAACACUGGAAGUCUCUUUAAAAAUGAAAAAUGUUAAUAGGAAGAGGAAGGUACUGCCGGGAUCUGAAGGAUUAAAGUUUCCUGGCUGACAGUAGCUUUGGAUUGUACUUUGCUUUGUGUAACAGGUUGGUUUCAUCCAAGCUGUUCGUGUCUUCUACUGUUAAGGUUGUUCUGAAAGUAAAAACUUGUUUAGAUGCUGUUCUUUUGUGGGAGCUUAACAAAUCUGUAAUGACUAUUUUGAAUUUGUCAUCUUUUGACUCAAAGGGUUUUGUUUUUUUUAUAAACGUUGAAUUAUAAAGCUGUAAAAAGCUGGAGUAAUAAAUGGAAAUUAAAUUUCUAAAUUCAA